AUGUCAAAUUCGGAGGUUUUUAGUGUUGAAUUCGACGUCUUGAAGAAGCCCCGGGGCGAAUUUCACAAGAGUGAUGAUGUAGCAACAGCUGUUUCGAAUGAUGGCGAGAAAGAAGACAAAUUCAAGGAGACGUUCAUUCUCUCCAAAGAUCAUGUAAAAUCUGCAGAAUCAGGAGAAGAAUUCAAAGCAACAGAUCAACACAAGGACGAAAACGACGACGGAUUCAAAACUCCAACAUCAUUGGAUCACAAAAUCCCCAUAACACAAUGCCCACCUGCACCCAGAAAACCUUCAUCUUCCACUCGAAAAAGAAGACAAAUAUCGUCCAAUGCUCGCAGAACUCUACGGCUCGAUCUCUCUCGCGGGGUUGAAUCAAUGUUCCCUCAGCCCAUCUUCGACGACUUGCACCGCAAGAUCAAGAAAGCUCGAAGAGAAAAUUAA